CCCUGACCGCUGGCCGGUCGCCCCGGGCGGCCGCUGCUGCAGCUUCGCCCCGUCGGCCGCGCACCCCCGGACCAGCCUGUCCGCGGGAGAGAUGUUGCUGAAGUGCUGCUGAAAGGGCCAGAGAUGCAAGGAUUUGGGACACAUUUUGAACCUUUAAGCUGUCUGACAUUGACCUCCUUUCAUUAUUAAUAAAGAAGAAGCAGGAGCUUAGGAUGCAUUAAUACCAACUCAUUAAUAUACUAACUGGACAAUGUUCUGCACACAAUUCUGCGUUGUAAAGAACUGGAUUGGCACAGAAUAAAAUAAUUCAUAUUUUACUCGCUUGUAAUAUGAUUCAAUGGAGGAAAACCUGAUAAGCAUGAGGGAAGACCAUUCUUUUCAUGUUCGUUACAGAAUGGAAGCUUCCUGCCUCGAGCUCGCUUUGGAAGGGGAGCGGCUGUGUAAAUCAGGGGACUGCCGUGCUGGUGUGUCAUUUUUUGAAGCAGCAGUUCAAGUUGGAACCGAGGACCUAAAAACACUUAGCGCUAUUUACAGCCAGCUGGGGAAUGCUUAUUUCUAUUUGCAUGAUUAUGCCAAAGCAUUAGAAUACCAUCAUCAUGAUUUAACUCUUGCAAGGACCAUCGGAGACCAGUUGGGUGAAGCUAAAGCUAGUGGAAAUCUGGGAAAUACCUUAAAGGUCCUUGGGAAUUUUGAUGAAGCUAUAGUUUGUUGUCAACGACAUCUAGAUAUUUCUAGAGAGCUUAAUGACAAGGUUGGAGAAGCAAGGGCACUGUACAAUCUCGGGAAUGUAUAUCAUGCCAAAGGGAAGAGCUUUGGCUGCCCUGGUCCCCAGGAUGUCGGGGAAUUUCCGGAAGAAGUGAGAAACGCUCUGCAGGCAGCUGUGGAUUUUUAUGAGGAAAAUCUGUCAUUGGUAACUGCUUUGGGUGACCGAGCAGCCCAAGGACGAGCCUUUGGAAAUCUUGGAAACACACAUUACCUCCUGGGCAACUUCAGGGAUGCAGUUAUAGCUCAUGAACAGCGUCUCCUUAUUGCAAAAGAGUUUGGAGAUAAGGCGGCGGAAAGAAGAGCAUAUAGCAACCUUGGGAAUGCAUACAUAUUUCUCGGUGAAUUUGAGACUGCUUCUGAGUACUACAGGAAGACACUGCUGUUGGCUCGACAGCUUAAAGACAGAGCCGUGGAAGCACAGUCUUGUUACAGCCUUGGAAACACAUACACUUUACUUCAAGACUAUGAGAAAGCCAUUGAUUAUCAUCUGAAGCACUUAGCAAUUGCUCGAGAGCUAAACGACAGAAUUGGUGAAGGAAGAGCAUGUUGGAGCUUAGGAAAUGCAUACACAGCUCUAGGAAAUCAUGAUCAAGCGAUGCAUUUUGCUGAAAAGCACUUGGAAAUUUCAAGAGAGGUUGGGGAUAGAAGUGGUGAACUAACAGCACGACUGAACCUCUCAGAUCUUCAAAUGGUUCUUGGUCUAAGCUACAGCACCAAUAGUUCCAUAAUGUCUGAAAAUAUUGAAAUUGAUAACAGCUUGCAUGGUGCACGCCCCAAGUUGGGACGCCGACACAGUAUGGAAAAUAUGGAACUUAUGAAAUUAACACCAGAAAAGGUACAGAACUGGAACAGUGAAAUUCUCGCUAAACAAAAACCUCUUAUUGCCAAACCGUCUGCAAAGCUACUCUUUGUCAAUAGACUGAAAGGGAAAAAAUACAAAACUCAUUCCUCCACUAAAGUUCUCCAAGAUGCCAGUAAUUCCAUUGACCACCGAGCUCCAAAUUGUCAGAGGAAAAUCAGUGCGGAGACUGUCGGAGAUGAAGGCUUCUUUGACCUCUUAAGCCGAUUUCAAAGCAACAGGAUGGAUGACCAGAGGUGCUGCUUGCAAGACAAGAACUGCCACACAUCUUCAGCAGCAGCUUCUUCCACUCCCCCCAGAAUGAUGCAAAAAACUCCAUCCGUUUCUGUGGUGUCCCCCAACACAGAUGAGUUUUUAGACCUUCUCGCCAGCUCACAGAGCCGCCGACUAGAUGACCAGAGGGCUAGCUUCAGUAAUUUGCCAGGGCUUCGUCUGACACAGAGUAACACCCAGUCAGUUCUCGACCACCUGCGGACUAAAGGCAGCCAGGAACCCGAUGAAGACUUCUUUGACAUUCUUGUGAAGUGUCAGGGGUCCAGAUUAGAUGAUCAAAGAUGCGCACCACCACCUGCCACCACAAAGGGCCCCACGGUACCAGAUGAAGACUUUUUCAGCCUUAUUUUACGAUCUCAGGCGAAAAGAAUGGAUGAACAGAGAGUUCUCCUACAAAGAGAUCCAAACAGAGACGCUGAAUUUGGACUAAAGGACCUUUUGCAAAGUAAUGCUCUGCUGGAAUUACAAAAUCCAGGAAAGUAAUCAGCAAACCACUAAGUACUAUGGAUAUUUUUAAAGAAAAGAUCUUAUUUCCUUUCAGAACACUACAAGGAAAUUCAAUCUAUUAUUUUUCCUUAAAAGGAAAAUUUAUAGCACCGUGAAACAGCUUAAAAUGUGUUUAGAAUGAUGUCAGUACUUCCCUUCUGUCAUAGGAUGAAGAGUUCACUUCUUCCCGGCACUGCCUGAGUUCAGGGCAGAGGUAUCUGCCAGGUGCUUCUUGAGCUUGUGACCACUGCUUGGGGUUGUUCUGUGGCAACUUGUUAGAGUCACUUACUAGUAUCUGUGAAGGACGAUUUAAAUGAAUCCUAGAGUAGAAUUUAACCCUGAAAUUUUUAAAAAAUCUUGAUGACAUUUUUUAUACUUAACCAUGGAUAUAGUGGGGAUUUAUGCAGUUUAAUAAAAAUAAUGUACUUGACCAGUGUAAAAAAGUUAUAGAAGAUAGUCUUGUUUAAAAAAAAAAACAAACUAGGUUUCUCUAAGAAAAAUCUCUUUUCAAUAUUUUUAGGCCAAAGCCAAUGUAAAAGAAACUCAAGCGCUCAGCUGAGCCACCACCUGGCCUGCCCAGGUUUAUGGUCUCCAUUCAACCACGUAACCCUCCUUCCCCGGUCCGAGUGACUGGGCACUCUAUCCCCUUCAUUCUGACAGGUGCCCUGCCCUCGAUAAAACCUUAUUACUUUGCAAAAAAAAAAAAAGAAAAAGAAACUCAAAUAAACUGCUUUCCACA